UCUAGGCCCUCGUUACUAAAAGCGCAAAACCUAAAUAACUAAACCCUCAACUCUCCAUGCCUAACAUCUCUUAAACUCUCAACGCAGCUGCCCGUUCCCUCCCCCGCCCGUGUCUACCUCUCCCCUCACCCUCUGGUGUAGACGUCCACCUCCCGCCGAUUGUCUCUCUGCUGUUCAUGCUGUCAACGGCAUUGCUGCAUCCGGUGCUCGUUGCUGCGUCCGCUAGUUCUGGUUGCUUCUUUUCUCUCCUCCGCCGCUCCCUCUGGUUCUCUUCGUUGCAUCCCCUGGUCCAUUCCUUCUGCCGCCCGGUGCUGCUCGUCGCCUUUGGUCCUCGUCCUCAAUCACACCGCUGCUGCUCCUCGCCGCUACGUCAAUCACUGCAGGAAAACUGCUUUUUUCAAAGUGCAGUGUUAUUAUCAGCAGUUCUAAAACAGCAACAGCAGAAUAGAACAGCAGAUACAAUGGGUGAUAGUGAUUUGAGGACAUGGGUGUCUGAUAAACUAAUGUCAUUGCUUGGGUAUUCACAGGCCACAGUUGUUCAGUACAUAAUUGGCUUAUCUAAGCAAGCAAAUUCCCCAGCUGAUGUGCUGGCCAAGAUGGCAGAGUUUGGAUUUUCAUCAUCAACUGAAACCCGUUCUUUUGCUGAAGAACUGUUUUCUAGAGUACCUCGUAAACAAUCUGGUUUAAGUCUUUAUCAAAAACAAGAAAGGGAAGCUGCAAUUUUAGCUAGGAAGCAGAAGCAAUACGCAAUUCUAGAUGCAGAUGAUGACGACGACAACAAUAGUGGUGGUGGUGAUAGGACUGUUUUUGAUAAGUCUGUAAUUGCCGCUGCCUCUGAGCCUAAAAGAGCUGAUACACAUAAGAAGCGAUUUAGGAAGAAAACUGAUAGUGAAGAGAAUGAAGAUAAUGAGUUGCUCAGUCAAGAGAAAGAAGAUAGGCAGGUUAGACAGCGCACUUCUCAGUAUGAAGAGGAUGAUUCUGAGUCAGACGAGGAAAGGUUGCGUGAUCAAAGAGAAAGGGAGCAACUAGAACAAAAUAUCAGAGAACGGGAUGCUGCUGGCACUAGGAAGCUAACAGAGCCAAAGUUAACAAAAAAAGAGGCAGAAGAAGAGGCAUUUCGAAGAUCACAGGCUCUGGAGGAAGAUGGUAUUGGUACUUUGAGAAAAGUGUCAAGACAAGAGUACCUAAAGAAAAGGGAGCAAAAGAAAUUGGAAGAACUCAGGGAUGAUAUAGAAGACGAACAAUAUCUAUUUGAUGGCGUGCAGCUUACUGAGGCAGAAUAUCGUGAACUAAGAUACAAGAAGGAAAUAUACGAGCUUGUAAAGAAGAGAUCUGAAGAGGCUGAUGACAUAAAUGAGUACAGAAUGCCAGAUGCAUAUGAUCAGGAAGGAGAUGUUAAUCAGGAGAAAAGAUUUUCUGUGGCUUUGCAGCGCUAUAGGGACCCUAGUGCUGGCGAAAAAAUGAAUCCAUUUGCAGAACAGGAGGCUUGGGAAGAUUACCAAAUUGGGAAAGCAACAAUGAAAUUUGGUUCAAAGAAUAAAAAGCAAAUGUCUGACGAUUAUCAGUUUGUCUUUGAGGACCAGAUCGAGUUUAUCAAGGAAUCGGUGAUGGAUGGUGACAAGUAUGAUAAUGAGAUGCCUGAUGAGUCCUUGGAUUACUCUAGGGCAAAAUCAGCUUUGGAGAAGCUUCAGGAGGAGAGAAAAACUUUACCUAUAUAUGAAUAUCGAGAGCAACUACUUGAGGCUAUUGAGAGGUUUCAGGUUCUUGUUAUUGUAGGAGAAACUGGUUCAGGAAAGACCACACAAAUUCCACAGUACCUUCAUGAAGCUGGAUACACCAAGCGUGGAAAGGUUGGUUGUACACAGCCAAGGAGGGUUGCUGCAAUGAGUGUAGCUGCUAGGGUUUCUCAAGAAAUGGGUGUCAAGCUUGGGCAUGAGGUUGGCUACUCCAUUCGUUUUGAAGACUGCACAUCCGAGAAGACUCUUCUGAAAUAUAUGACAGAUGGAAUGCUCCUACGUGAAUUCCUUGGUGAGCCAGAUUUGGCAAGCUACAGUGUCGUGAUGGUGGAUGAAGCACAUGAAAGAACUUUGUCGACUGAUAUACUUUUUGGACUAGUAAAGGAUAUAGCCCGUUUUCGACCAGAGUUAAAGUUGCUUAUUUCAAGUGCAACACUGGAUGCUGCAAAAUUUAGUGAUUACUUUGAUUCAGCUCCAAUUUUUAAAAUUCCUGGAAGGAGGUUUCCUGUUGAGAUACACUAUACAAAAGCACCAGAAGCUGAUUACCUUGAUGCUGCAAUUGUAACUGUGCUUCAAAUCCAUGUGACUCAAUCCCCUGGAGAUAUUUUAGUUUUCUUCACAGGUCAGGAGGAAAUAGAGACAGCAGAGGAAAUUUUGAAGCACAGGACCAGAGGUCUAGGGACAAAAAUUGCAGAGCUCAUUAUCUGUCCUAUAUAUGCAAAUUUACCAACAGAGCUUCAAGCUAAAAUAUUUGAACCUACACCUGAAGGGGCCCGGAAGGUUGUCCUUGCAACAAAUAUUGCUGAAACAUCUUUAACAAUUGAUGGGAUCAAGUAUGUCAUCGAUCCUGGCUUUUGCAAGAUGAAAUCAUAUAACCCUCGGACAGGGAUGGAAUCAUUGCUUGUAACACCUAUUUCAAAAGCUUCAGCCAUGCAGCGUGCUGGUCGCUCUGGAAGAACAGGUCCAGGAAAGUGUUUUCGGUUGUACACGGCCUAUAACUACAAUCAUGAUUUGGAUGAUAAUACUGUACCAGAAAUACAAAGGACAAAUCUUGCUAAUGUUGUGCUCUCUUUGAAGAGUCUUGGAAUUCACGACUUAUUAAAUUUUGAUUUUAUGGACCCUCCACCUUCUGAGGCAUUGCUAAAGGCCCUGGAACUCCUGUUUGCACUGAGUGCACUAAAUAAACAUGGUGAGCUGACUAAAGUUGGUCGCAGGAUGGCUGAGUUCCCACUUGAUCCUAUGCUGUCUAAAAUGAUUGUUGCUUCUGAUAAGUACAAGUGUUCAGAUGAGAUAAUCUCUAUUGCUGCUAUGCUUUCUAUUGGAAAUUCAAUAUUCUAUCGUCCAAAGGACAAACAAGUACAUGCAGACAAUGCCAGAUUGAACUUCCACACAGGAAAUGUGGGAGACCAUAUAGCUCUUCUCAAGGUGUACAAUUCUUGGAAGGAAACUAAUUACUCUACACAAUGGUGUUAUGAAAAUUAUAUUCAGGUGAGGAGUAUGAAACGAGCAAGAGAUAUACGCGACCAGUUGGAGGGCCUUUUGGAAAGGGUAGAAAUCGAGCUAUCAUCCAAUCUCAAUGAUUUGGAUGUCAUAAAGAAAUCCAUAACAUCUGGUUUUUUCCCUCAUUCUGCAAGGCUGCAGAAGAACGGGUCAUACAGAACAGUGAAACAUCCUCAGACUGUUCACAUACACCCUAGCUCAGGGUUGGCACAGGUGCUCCCAAGAUGGGUCAUAUACCAUGAGUUGGUUCUUACUACUAAGGAGUACAUGAGGCAGGUAACUGAGCUAAAGCCAGAGUGGCUGGUAGAAAUAGCCCCCCACUAUUACCAGCUGAAGGAUGUUGAAGAUCCGGGAUCAAAGAAAAUGCCAAGAGGUGAAGGACGUGCAUCAUAGCUUGGGUUGAUUAGAGGCACUUGCAAGUUUAUUAUAGAAGACUAACUACAAAAUUUUGUAAAUUUAGGUAGCAAGUAGAUAUUAACAAAUCCAGUCUCCAGACGUGUUUGUAAAUUUAUGUUGGUGAUUACACUUCGAAUUUUUCUUGCACUCCAACAGUGUAUUCCUUUUUGUUUGUAUUGGUCUGAGAUUUAAUUGGAAAAUCCCCUUGAGAUUA